ACACAAUCUGUGAUUUGCUUUCUUUUUUUUUUCUUCUCUGUCUCUCUCUCUCUCUCUCACUCCUUGAACAGACACACUUUUGUUUGAGAGAGAUUUUGCGAGGAAAUCAUGGAAGCCACACAAUAUUCUCAAAACUUCGUACCUCUCCAGCAAACCAGAAAUUAUGAACGACUGAAGGAAGAAGGGCCAGACUCCCAGACGGUGGUCACCGUGGUACCACCUGUAAUCAUACCGCGGGACCACAUCAUCUGGUCUCUCUUUAACGCCUUCUAUAUGAAUUUCUGCUGCCUGGGUUUCGCGGCCGUUUAUUUCUCGAUUAAGUCGAGGGACAGAAAAGUGGUGGGCGAUAUGGAAGGAGCGCGUCACUACGGAUCCACGGCUCGAUGCCUCAAUUGCACCAAUCUAUGGCUGAGCAUCCUGACUUUCAUCAUACUCAUCAUCCUGGUAGCAGUGGGGGUCUUUGUGGUCUACGACAGGGUGGCGCAACAGAACCAAAUAGAAAACUACUAUUCAUCGGGAUUCAACAAUGGGAAUUAAAGCUUCUGCAGAAGUGCCAAGCAGCUCUUAUUAAACUUUGCAAAAAAAUCCUCAGCUGUAAAAUUAACCAUUGGUUUGUUGGCUUACUGAAAACACUUGGUAUGGUGAUAAAGGAUUGUAUUAUUUUAUGGAUUAGAAUAAGUGGGUCCUGUCUGAUUUUAUAUGUAUAUACAUAUUUAAAUAGGGCUACAUUUCAUAGGGUCAUGUGAUCAAUUCUAGGGGGCCAACUGUGGCUACAGGUUUUUGUCCCAACAAAAUUCUGUUGGAUUCCUUUCUUACAGGCAGACUGUUAAUUUCUUACUUUCUUUGUUUUGAUAUCAAUUAAGAAAUUAUGAUGGGGAUUUUUUUUUUAAUUUAUCAUUUCUUUAUGUACAGUAUGUUACAUGGGGGUGGCACAGUCAUAGCAUCACUGCCUUGCAAGAAGGAGACUGCAGUUCAUAUUCUGGAUCCUCCCUGCAAGGAGCUUUUGUAUUUCUCCUCAUGUCUGCAAUGGUUUGCUCUCAUAGGUUAGAGACGUGCUAGUUAAGUGAACUGAUGUUGCUAAAUAGGCCCUGAUGUGUGUGUGUGUGCUCACCCUGUAAUGGCCUGGCACCUUCUUCAGGGACAUUUCAUGCCAUGGUUUCAGAUAAGUGGGUUUACAAAAUUGAUGGAUGGAUCUUACAUGGAGAUGAUUUUUUCUGUAUUGGUUUUAUGAUUUUCAAUUCACUUUUCCACAUUUUCUGGUUAUUUAAGCCAUUUUUCACUGAUGAGCUUAUCGGCGGAGUCUGCAGCCUGCCAGCAUUUAGUCUUGUUUAUCCCCAUGUCUGAUCUGCUAGCUGUUAAUUGUCAUUAUUAGGGCAUGACGAAGACAGCAAAGCACACAGAAAAAAAAAAAAAACGAGAAUGAUAAGAGAGUUAAGCAUUUACAGCUAUGGCAGAAAAACAAAGGAAAAAUGCCAAAAGAGAGUUAAGCAUUUAAAUAUUUAAAUGGUAUGGCAGAAAGACAAAUAUGUCUAAAUGUUUUAUAAAUCACACUUUCUAACGCUUUUCUAAAUGCAAAAUAAUAGAUGAGAAAAUAAAGGCCAGCUAAUUAAAGAAUGGGGUCAACUACAGAAAAAUGGGACCAAAAACCUGCAGCCACAAUGGACCCCCCAAGAUUGACUGGGCAUUGUCAGACUAAUGCUUACAGUCCCCAGUGGAAUCCAGGCCAAAAUAUUAAGGAAGGGGCAUCUGCAAAUACGUGGAUUGGGCAUGAUGUGACAGAAGUUCCAAACAAGUCCACUCUUAAAGAGUUAAGGUGCCAGUGUGGCUCUUCAGAGUGAUGCCACAGGUAAACCAUUUUUUAGUUCCCAAAAAAAAAAGAACCACCCACGUGAAGAUUCCAGAAAGACCCUUUUUUUGAUUUAAAUCUGUAACAAGCUUUGCAAAUAACCAAAAUAACAGAUGGUGAUUGACCAACGAAGCCAUCAUUUUAAAACCAUUCUUGCUGCAUAUUAACACAGGCUAAGUUCAGGUUUUCUUGACUUGUUGGUAUCUUCCGAGGUAGCCUGCUAUACAUUAAAAAUGUUUUAUGUUGUCCACAUAUUAGGAGCCUUUUCAAAGACCAAAGAGCUGACCUCAUAUUCAAAGAGGCCUCCCCAGAGCGUGUCAGCUGGUUCUUCGGUCAAGCAAUAGGCCUACAAGGAACCAUCCAACCCCAUCAAGUGCCAUUAUUGAACCAUUACUUUUAAGAAUGUAGCAUUAUAACCAACCGUGUUUGAUGUGUUAUCUUUGGGGGGUCUUAGCCUGGCUUAAUGACCCCCCUGGAGCCAGGCCUGACAAAGCCAAUGGCAUGUAUGUAUGCUAUUCCUCUUUCUAUAACCAUUUUUUGUUAGUCAGUCUACUUACUUUUCUAUACACAACGAUUUUGAUAUGGGAGCAGGAUCACACAUGUAGUCAAAUGAUGUCUUCUUCUAAAGCUGUGUGGCACUUGUAUCUUGUCCAUUUAUUUCUGGCUUUAUUUCUAGAGUACAAAAACAUAUGCAAUACUUAACAAUUAAUUGUUAAUAAAUUAUUUUUUUGGCAAACUUUA